CCCAUUUCUUCCUGCUUCAUCAUUUUAACUGUUCUAGCUCAGUGUGCCGUGCACACGAUGAUGUGCAUGCGCCGCCAUGUGCAUGUCGUCGCCUUCGCCUUGGCGGUUGCCGGCGUGCUGACGACCCUCGCGGCCGAUAAGCCGGUGGUGGUAUGCGGCACAGCUGGUAACUACACGGCCAACAGCGCAUAUCAGGGCAAUCUCCGGCUCGUCGCCGCGGGCCUACCCACCAACAUCUCCACGUCCCCUGGCCUCUUCGCCACCGCCGAAAACGGCGCCGAGCCGGACAGGGCGUACGCCGUCGGGAUAUGCCGCGGCGACCAGGACGCCUCCGCCUGCCAAGCCUGCAUCGCCCCCACCUUCAAGGACGCGCAGGACCUGUGCCCCUACAACAGGGGCGCCACCAUCUUCUACGACACCUGCCUCCUCAGCUUCUCCGACCGAGACCUGCUCCUCUCGCCCACCAAUUCCAACGACGAGGUGAUGCGGCUCUACAAUGCUGGGAACAUCACCUCUGACGUCGUCAGCCAGUUCAACGCCGCCGUCUACAAGCUCCUCGACGCCAUGGUCGAGUACGUGGAAACCAUAGACUCGGUGAGGAGGUUCGCAACCGGGACCAUCGGCUUCGACGCGACCUACCCCAUUAUCUACAGCAUGGUGUGGUGCACGCCCGACCUGACGCAUGGGCAGUGCCGUGCUUGCCUUAGCGCCACGGUUGCCCAGAUGCCCUACACCUUCAUCCCUAAUACGCAGGGCGCCACCAUCACUGGGCUGCGAUGCAGCGUGCGCUACGAGGUACACCCGUUCUACAAGGGCGUCACCAUGCUGCAGCUGACGGGCACCUCGCCUGGUAAGAAGAGUAAUGAAACCAGAAAAAUUCUUUCAAUCGUGCUACCUUCAGUGGCAGCUCUACUUGUAAGCAUUGUGGCGUGUCUUUGUUGCUGGAGGAGGAGAACAAGAAGUAAAAAGUUACUGGCAUAUGAAUCUCAUGUGGAGGGCAUUGAUAGCACUGAAUCACUUAUUAUUGAUCUACCAACAAUACGGAUUGCCACAGAUAACUUUGCCGAAGAUCAUAAGCUUGGUGAAGGAGGAUUUGGUGCAGUUUACAAGGGCUCCCUUCCUGAUGGUCAAGAUAUAGCUGUGAAACGCCUCUCUCGGUUUUCUCAACAAGGAAUAGGGGAACUAAAAAAUGAGCUAGUCUUAAUUUCCAAUCUGCAGCACAAAAACCUUGUGAGACUUAUUGGUGUCUGCUUGCAAGAGGAUGAGAAGCUUCUUGUCUACGAGUACAUGCCAAACAAAAGUCUGGACACGUUUCUUUUUGAUUCCGAGAAACGCAAAGAGUUACAUUGGGGGAGGAGACUCAUGAUAAUAGAUGGAAUUGCUCGUGGAUUGCAAUAUCUACAUGAAGAUUCUCUAUUGAAGAUAGUCCACCGGGAUCUAAAGGCAAGUAACAUUCUAUUGGAUGCAAACAUGAAUCCAAAAAUUUCAGACUUUGGCUUGGCAAAGCUUUUUGGAGGGGAUCAAUCACAAGACAUCACAAAUCGAGUUGUUGGAACAUAUGGAUACAUGGCACCAGAAUACGCUCUACGGGGGCGGUAUUCUAUAAAAUCAGACAUAUAUAGCUUUGGUGUGUUGAUUUUGGAGAUACUCACCGGAAGGAAAAAUAGUGACACCUACAAUUCUGACCAACUUAUUGAUCUGCCAAGUCUGGUAUGGGAAUACUGGACAAUGAAAUCAAUUAUGGAGAUGAUUGACCCUUACUUGAGAGGCGAUUCCUCGCAGGAAGAGAUUUUGAGGUGCGUUCACAUUGGACUAUCAUGCGUUCAGGAAGACCCUGCUGAGAGGCCAACUAUAUGGACGAUCAAUGUCAUGCUGGAUAGCAACACAAUCCCGUCCCACCCACCAUCCAAGCCAGCAUUCUACGUAGAAAUGGGUGCAAACUUUGUCUCAGAAGGUAUCAAUGAUUCAACGCCCAAGUCGAACGCGGCGUCACUGAAUGAGCUAUCAAUAACAGAUCCAGAACCAAGAUAAGUUUGGAAAAAAUGAACCAGAACAAGUUUCCUAUUUCUGUUCUAGGGAAACCAAAAUGUUGUUCGUUUCUUGAGUUAGACAAUGUUAUUAGUGUGUAUGUAUUUUAGUACGGUUUAACUUAUGUAUGUGUUUGUACAAGCUAUAAGAUGGAUCACUCUUCUCUACUGCCUAGAGGGGCAUUGUAUUGUAAUAAUUCAGUAACCAACAUAGAAUUCA